UGAGACAGGGCUUGAAAGACUGGGGUGGGGGGGGGCGUGGCUAAAAAUCACUGAGGGAAAGACGGAGUGCCCUGAAUGUUCCAGAACCCUUAUGGGAUGGCAGGGGGACCAUGGCAUCUACCCAGUUAGACCCAGAGCUCAACCUCAUGAGGACUUUUUCCUUAGCAGAGCCUUGCCUCCUAAGCCAGGCCAUAAACUGUGCUCUUUGCUGAGGGUAGUUCACCUUCCUGGGGGAAAGGAUGGUGUUGACUCAGUCUCUUGUCUCUCUUGCUCUGGGGGUACUUCUCCUGGGGACAACUUGGAAGGAAGUGGAAGGAACAGCUGCGUGGAUAAUUUGGGACAGUGGGGGUUCCCUUCUCCUUUCCAAGCGGUGCAGGUUUGGCUGGUGUUAAGCUUGUACUGGGGCUUCUGGGAGCUGACUUGCCAGUGUGUUCAGCCUCCUUCCCUGGCCUCCCUGAGUGAGGAAGUGCCUUUUCCCUCAACUGACCCCCACUGGGACUUCCCUGACUCUCUGUCACCAUCCAAGCUGUCAAGUAAUAAUGCAGACAGGUUCAGUGGGUCAGGAGAAGUGCCGGGAGGUGGGGGCCUUCCACAAAACCUCACACAGACCACGAGUGAUGAACUCAAGUCUGGGCCCUUGCACAGCCCUCCUCACUUCUCUGGGCCUCGGGAACCCACAGGCCCCCUUGGGUUGGGCCUACCCGGUCUUCUUGCAUUCUACCUCCGUGUGGAGGCCUGGACCCAUGACUGAGUUGCUUUCUGCCUUGGGCAAUCUCUCCGCUGGCCACUGCAGGCCGCUGGAGCUGGUCUUGGAUGCUUUCUAACUGCUGCAGCCCCUACUGUUUUCUCAGCCUCCCUGCAUCUCCUGUCAUCUUUCUCUGCCUCAUCUCCAUGAGGCUGCCCCAGCCCCUCUCUUGCGGUUCCUCCUCUCCCCCUUGGUCAUGAUCUCUUCAUCUCUUGGGGGCCCCCUCUUGGCACCCCACUUCCUGUGCACCUGGGCUCAGAAAUGGCGGCGGUUCUGGGCCGUGCUGUAUGGAGAGUCAGGCUGCGCCUUGGCCCGGCUGGAGCUCCAGGAGGGCCCGGAGAAGCCCGCCAGGAGGGUCAUCCGCCUCAGUGACUGCCUGCGGGUGGCCGAGGCCAGCGGGGAGGCCAGCAGUCCCCGGGACACCAGCAUCUUCCUCCUGGAGACCAGGGAGCGCCCGUGCCUGCUGGCAGCCCCCACUGCAGAGCGCGGCGAGUGGAUGCAAGCCAUCUGCCUCCUGGCCUUCCCUAGGAAGGAAUUGUCUGGGCCAGAGGGCACAGCGGGGACGAGCAGCCAGCCCUGCAUGGCGGAGAACGAAUUGUACAGCAGCACGGCCACAGGGGGCCCCCGGAAGGAGUUUGCUGUGAACAUGAGACCCACGGAAGCCAGUGAGAGGUGCCGGCUCCGGGGAGCCUACAGCCUGCGGGCUGGGGAGAGUGCCCUGGAGCUGUGGGGCGGCCCCGAACCCGGCACCCUGCUCUACGACUGGCCCUACAGGUUCCUGCGGCGCUUUGGGCGGGACAAGGUCACCUUUUCCUUCGAGGCGGGUCGGCGCUGUGUCUCUGGGGAGGGCAACUUUGAGUUCGAAACCCGGCAAGGCAAUGAGAUCUUCUUGGCCCUGGAGGAGGCCAUCUCUGCCCAGAAGAACGCGGCCUCACCCGGACCCCACCUCCAGCCUGCCGCCCCCUCCACCGUGCUGCCGUGGCCAGAGAGUCCCUACGCCCGGCCCCACGACUCACUGCCACCGCCAUCGCCCACCACACCUGUGCCCGCCCCGCGGGCCCGGGGCCCUGAGGGUGACUACGCGGUGCCCUUUGACGCAGUGGCCCGUUCCCUGGGGAAGAGCUUCAGGGGCAUCCUGGCGGUGCCUCCCCAGCCCCCGGCCGACCCUCUGUACGACAGCCUCGAGGAGCACCUGCCCCCUCGACCGGACCACAUAUAUGAUGAGCCUGAGGGAGUGGCUGCCCUGUCCCUGUAUGACAGUCCCCAGGAGCCCCAGGGCGAGGCGUGGAGGAGGCAGGCCACAGCCGACAGGGACCCCAGUGGCCUCCAGCUCGUCCAUCCAGCUGGUCAGGACUUCUCUGCCUCUGGCUGGCCCCAGGGAGCCGAGUAUGACAAUAUUGUGCUUAAGAAAGGCCCCAAGUGAGGGGAGGAUGGAGGAGAUGUGGAUCCCACUGAAGUGACAGUGCUGCAGCAGUCCUGGGGACACUGGAGGAGGAGAGGGAGAGGAGGGGUAAGGCAGGCUUCCCCUUCUAGCUUCUGCCCGUAGCUCGGUCACUUUCUUAGUCACUGCUUCCAAAGAACCCUCCUGCCUCCUUCUCGAACCCCAGGCUUGGCCGGCCUUAGUUUGGUUUGAUUAAUUGUCCCUCCUAGUGCCUGCCGGGUGAGUCACCAUCCCAAAGCAGGAAGGGUGCCUUGGAGACACCCAGCCUCCUCCCACUCCUUUCCCACUUCCUCCUCCCUCUCCCCACCCUCUCUGGCCUAACAGAACCUGAGGCAUUUAGGGCAGAGAACAAAAGGAUAUCAGCAAAUCACCCUGGUUCCUUGGCUCAUACAGAUCUCCUUUAGAGGACAGGCCUGGUUCCAGGCACCCAGGAGGAGGGUUGCAGCUUUCUGCGGGUUUUGGACUUCACUGUGGCAUUAAAUGUUUCUGAAAUAUU